AUGGAGAUUUUCUUGAAUGCUAUCUCUGGAGGACUGAUGGCCGUUCUCAUUCCAAGCACACCGACUUGUUCGAAAUACACUUUUGACACGCUAGUGCAGCUUAUGGAAUCUGCUCUCAUGGAUCUUGUGAGCUCGUCAUGCUUGCAUUGCUGCAUCGAUUCAUCUGAUGUUAGGAUGCUUAUAACUGACAAGUAUCCUGGCCCAAAAGAGAAAAUCAACUCGUUCAACUUGCCCCUUUACCUUCCGACUUUGGCGGAGAUGGAGGCCCUGGUGAAGCGAAAUGGGCAUUUCAGCAUCGAGAGGAUGGAUCCGUUGGUUCGUCCGCAUCGUGCAGAGGCAUCCGAAGUGAUGGCCAAUAUGACCAUGAUGCACUUCAGAGCCGGCUGGGAGGGGCUCAUCAAGGCGCAUUUCGGGAGUGAAAUGGUCGACCCCGUGUUUGAACACUUCCAGGAGAAGGUCAUGGAAUCGUCCGUAUUCGCGAACCCUUCUUGUAAUCAGAAGGCCGAGACUUUCAUCCUCCUGAAGCGCUUGUGA